GCACUCGCAUCGUGCAAUCUACGUCGCGUUCGGAUCAGCAUUGCUGUGCUGUUUUGCGCUGGAGUGUGGGGCGAUUCAGCGGGAGAUGCACUGUUGAGACUUUCAGACGACGAUGUGUGCUGUUUGGAUUUGGACUGGGAGGACGGUUGGACUGAGUGAGGCGGCGACAUCACGAGUACGACGCUUUCGCACACUUGGGAGAUAUCAGACAAAGCAAUCGCAUUGUCAUGUAUGGAAGGUGCUUGCUGUGUUUUUGUUGCGGCUUUGUUCCAUGACAACCACCACGCUUAGCUGGCAAACCUGUGGAAGAAAGGUUCGGACCAUCACGCGUACAUAUGUUACUAAGAACUGAAGCGGCCUUCGGUAUUUUCUCCACGCAUCGCGCUCAAAAGGUAACAGUCUCUCCACG